CAUUCUUUAGCAUACUACUUCCUGUUUCCCCUGCAACUGAUAAACUUUGAUUUUCAGGUCUUCAUGGUCCUACAGCUUCUCUUCUUCAACAACCACUAUUAAACAGCAAAGCUGUAAUGUUAAAAAAUAGAGACACAACAGUAUAUUUUUCUUUUAUUUUUACAACAGUUUUUAGUAGAGUUGCAUCAGUUGCACUUUCAUAAGCUUUUUCAGUAGAGUCCUCCUUGGAUGUGUUGUUGCACUUUCCCUCAGUGAAGUAUAGAAUCAUAAGAAAACAGAGCUGGAAAGGAACUCAAGAGGUCAUUUAGUCCAGCCCCUCCCCUGAACAAGGCAGGACCGUCCCUUUCUAAACCAUCCCAGCCAAGUGUUUGUUUAACAGCUCCUAAAAUCAUCCAGUGAUGGAGAUUCCUCAGCCUUUCUAGGUAGUAUGUUCCAGUGCUUACCCACCCUCCUACUUAGGAAGGUUUUUUCUUAAUCCAACCAAAUUUUUAUUUGUAAUUUUAAGAUUUCCUAAUCCUGUCCCGCGCAGCCACACAGAACAGCCUAUCACAGAGGUCAGCAACCUAUGUCCUGUGGGUUGGGUCCAGCCUGUGAAGAGCCUGGAUCCAGCCAGCAAAGGUCUGAUCCAAUCCAAGUGUUAAGAAUGUUGACAGAACUAAACUUGGGAAACAAUAUCUUUGAGGAAGUUCCAGAACAGCUGAAGUAUCUCAAUUCACUACAGAAGCUUCACUUAUUUGGAAAUAAAAUUGCUACAAUAUCACCCACAAUAUUUGAUGGAUUAGAAAAAUUGACGCUUCUGAAUUUGAACAACAACAGGCUUAAAUAUCUUCCUCCAGAAAUACACAGGUUAGAAAAUCUGGAAUACAUGAGUUUAAAUAAUAAUCAGAUAGGAAGUAUUCCCAAAGAGCUAUGUUCCCUGGAAAAGCUUUCUGAACUCCAUCUGUCCUACAACUGUCUUAUCACGGUACCUGAAGAGAUUGGAUACAUGACAAACCUCAGGAUGCUGUGCUUGUCAAGAAACCAGAUAGAGGUUCUUCCAGAUGGGCUUUGUAAACUGAGGAAACUAAGAAUUCUAGAUGUAGCGGGAAACAGAAUUUGGGUGUUUCCAACAUUAAUGGAAGACCUUCUGUUGAUGGGAUUGAAGGAGCUUUACUGUGAAGACAAUCCAUUGCUUCAGAAACAGCCUGUUUGUGCCAUACAAGAAGAAGAAAUGUUAUCUCUUACUGUGCAGCCAAAAGAUCCAGUGCCAGAGCCCUGUGAGAAUUUUGAGAGAGAGCCACGUAGCUGUCAGAUACCUUACGAAAUGACGGCAAGAUUUAUUUUGAGAGAGCUGAAUGAAAAGGAUUCUGUUCUACAGACAGCAGUCAAACAGAAUCAAGAAGUGGGCAAGCUGCUCUCUAAAAAAUGUGUGUGCGCUGUUUGUGGGCAAGCGUUCCUGACAACACGACUGGAAUGUGUGUGUUUUAUGCAUGUAAAGCAGAAUAUGAAGAUAAGCAGGAACAUUCACCUCUUGCCUGUAAGGAAGUUGAUAUGCUCUUUCCAGUGCUUUAAUCUUCGUGACCAUGGAUUCUUCGGAGUUGCUGAAUCCUAAAGCAGGCAGGGAAUGUACCCAGUACAUCAGAUUUCCCUUCUUGGCAUUGUUUACACUAACUGUUGAAUCUUAAGAACCAGUGUUGCAUCUGUGCUCAUAUUAAAAUGUACACACCAUAUAUAGAGAAAAUUAAUUGUACAGAAAUGAUCUGACCUCAUGCAUAAUACUUCCAUACAAGUGUGUAAUGAUGGUCUAUUUGCCAGAUUUUGCUCUUAAAAAUGGAUGAAUGAAGCAGAUAACAGUAUUUAAAUAUGAUGCAGUUUUAUAGUAUAAAUUGUAACCAACAAAUCUACUGUGGCUUUUUUAUUAACAUGCCUCUUUUUAUGGUUUUUGUGUUUUAUAUGUGACAUUUUAAUUCAGAUUUGUUUUUGUGAGGAUUUUAAGUUCAAAUUUUAGAUCUGCAAAGGAAAAUUUGGAUGUGUACCAAGUGAUUUGCUCUAAGUUUUUUUUCCCCAUGUUAUUUCAUUACAAGUCCCAUUUUCCAGGAGUUUAUAACUUGGCAUACCAAUGUCUUGGCACAAAAGCAAAUAUAUAACUGUGUUUUAAAAAUUAAAAAGAAAUAUUGCCAGGCUUAACAUUUUUUUUUCUUGAUCUGUUUUAACUGUAUAGAAGGACUUAUAUCACAUGGAAAACUUUGGUGAAACAUGUUGGAAAUGAUUGCUCUUGGAUGUCUUUUAGUCUCUAGAUUAUUUUCUUCCCUUUUGAACUCUUAUAGAAGUAUUUAUAUGGAAACAGAAAUUUUUUAAACUUAAGAAUGUGUCUAUUCCUGUUUCUUUUUCCCCUCACCUAAAAUUGUAAUCCUUUUAUGUGCUAUGUCGUAAUCCUCUCCCUGUCAAAUAAUUAUGAAGUUAAAGUAAAUUCUCCAGUUUAGGAAGGUGUUUAUGCAUGGUCUAAAUCAGGGGUAGGCAACCCUCAGCACACGUUCCAGUUACUGGCAUAUGAAGACAUUUUCCUCGGCGUGCCAGGAGGUGUGCUAAGCAAAUUGUUAAAAAAAAAAAAGUUUUUAAAUUGCUACUCCUGGCUCUUUCAAGAGACUUAGGAGGAGAUGCUGCCUGAUGAGCCCUCAGGAGGAGCUAUUAGGGGUGGGGGAACCCUUUCUGCGGCUCUCGCUGUACCAUCAUCAGAGGGGCAGGAUUCUCCCCCCAGCCACACUGGGUGGUGGUUGCUGCAGCCCUGCCCAGCCUGCCCUGAUGCAUCCUCCCACAUGCUGCCUGGGGGAUGUGCCUGUGUAUGGAAUAGUAAAGGGUGGGCAGUGGAAACAGGGCUGCCAGCCACCCCGUGCCAGGCACAGCCAUGGCUGGGGAUCAGGGAGCAGCAUCACCAUCUCCCAAGCUCCUUGUGGCUGCUACAGCUGCUUCAGACCACUUGGCAGAGGACAGCCCAAGGUGAGAGCAGCAGGGCCAGGAUUGUGCUUCCCCUACUCCCCUCCCCUCCCAGCCUAUUGUGCUGCCUCCUUCUUGUUGCAGCACAGCUGUAGCCCUAGGGCAGGGGGCUCAGCGUAGCCCAGCACAGUAACCCCCCGCCCCAGGGAGAAGGCAGCUGGCUGAUGGGCAGGCUCCGAGCCAGGGCCAUGGCAGGCCACAUUGCAGCCCAGGAGCCGGCUCCUUGGGAAAGCAUAGAGGCUGUGGUGGGCCUGGGGCAUUGUCAGGUUGGUCUUUGUCCUGUGGCCCAGCAGCCUUUUUUUCUCUUUCGUCUCCUUUUCUCUCUCUCCUCUUUUUCUCUUCUUUCUCUCUUUCUUCUUUUUUUCCCCUUCUGUUGUCCCCUUCUUAGUAAUUAAAAGUGCCUCGACACAGCAGAAUUCUUAGCAUGAUACGAGUACUCGGUGCAAGGGAUGCCUCGCUACGGUGGGAAAAGCCUUGGUGCAGUGAUCAGCUCCCGCCAAAACUAGCAGCUGCACUGUUUGGAUGCAUGCUACCGAUUGGCUCAUUGUAAAUUAUUCAUACCCAGCGGCUGGCAAUUGGCUCACUAGCCGUAUAAAAGCUUGGGUAGUUUCUGCCCAAGCUGGAGAACUCCGCGUGUACAUUGGGAACGAGUUCCUCGUGUACCUUGGAGCAAAAUUGGAGGCCUAAUCAACCACCAGCCACUCCCCGUCGCCAACCGUCCCGACGUACCCAGCACCCUGCAUGCUCGAAAAACAUUGGUGUGCCACCCGGUUUCUUUCUUUUGCUUGUAACCUGUAACGGAGCGUGCCUACACUGUGUGCAUCGACGCACGUCCCUGUACGUCAGUUUGUAAGUAAAGUUCUUUUCAAUUCAUCCAGUACGCGUUUGUGCCUAAUUCCACUCCAUCGGUGCGGCCCCAAUUCCGGCUAUACUCGGCCCCCACAUGGCGUCACAAACAGGAUCAGUAUCCGGGGAAGACGCAGUGGAGUUGGAAUUAGUUAAGAAUUGCCCCUGGCGCAAUGGGAACCGCCAUGUGCAGAACGCCGUGGAGUUGAGUGCACACAUCGCCUACCACCAAGCGGGCGGAACGGGUGGAAGACUCGUCAGCGGUUACCUCUCGCUCAAAGGAGAAGAGGAAACUGCGAAAGAGUGGGAAGUACAUCUCCAUCCCGGGGCGUUGGGAUGUGUGAUGGGAAGUGAGCGGGUUCUGUUGAGACCCCGAGAGGAAGGGGGCACAGAACCCUUCGCCGGACCAAAGCCGAGCGAAGAAAGCACUGCCCUCAGCCAGGAGUUUGCCCGCUGCAUGCACGACGCGCAGGAGGGCGAAGAGCUGGCGCUGAUUAAUUUAACACUGGCGCCUGAGCUGAGAGACCCCGAGCUUCUUUCGGAGCUCUGCGAAAAGCUAGAAGGGGAGAGUCACCCCGCAAUUGGAAGGACCGGCUCGGAACACGGAAAAGGGAAAAUGUUAAAUGCAUUGUUCCGCAUGAUAACAACUUUGGUGCGGGAAAAGGCAGACCUGGAAGCCCGACUGCUUGCCGUUCAGGCGGCUGAGCCAGACGGCAACGGGAAAAAACCCCGGUCCCCCGCCAUUUCAAGAUGGCGUUGAGAGGGAAGGGAGCUGCCCGGAGGACCCGGAAGAGAAAGGCGGAUCCUUCGACGGACGGGCGGAAGUUCAGUCAAUGACUCCGCCCCAUGAGGCUGCGUCGCUCCCGACUGCCCCGCCCUCGCUGUACAGCAAGGGGGCAACGGAGAAGCAGCUGUAUCCGGUUCCCCUAAUGGAUGCAGCGACGUCUCAGACGGCCACACAUCCUGUGGCAGCAAGAAGCCGAGUGAUUGGUGCGCAGAGUACAGCUUGUAUCACUGCCAACACCUGUCACGCCAAAACCUGGAUGGAAUUGCAAGAGUUAUGCAAGAAGUCCAAGAUGAGACCUAAAGAAACCUUGGCUAUGUGGCUGGGACGCCUGGUUGUGGAGUUUGGGUCCGACCUAGUGGACAGAGAGAAGGCAAGUUUUCUAACUGGACGAGCCUCGUGGAGCGGAGGACACGCCACCGAUAUUACUAUAGUGACGUGUAAUGUCCACUGGCCCAUCCCACUUCCAGCGCUUGUUGCAGAUCAGGCUAGCCGCAAGUCCUAUGCAUGGCACGGAGGUCGCCCACUAAAGGUUGAUAUAAAGCAAAUCGUAUUGGCAACGACUGGAAUCUCGUACUGCACUUGGAAUCCUAGAACACAUGCACUGGGACUGACACCACCCCAGCAAAGAGGACCGUUGCCUCACCGUUACCUGCAAGAUCCUGGAGCUGUCCCGAUAACGCUCAAUGGCGUGGAAGCCUGCAUUGAGGUUUACAGAGGAAAAGCUGCCACCAUUCUCCGAAUUCUUCUAAACCCACUAGUUGGACGGCCCGCAGGUAAUCUUUUGUGUCAACUCCCACGAUUGCAAGCUCUCAUCAAGCCGGGCAUAGAAACAACCAGUGAUUCGGAGCAUCAAUCCACCGUAUGCCCGCACAAGUCCAGCUCGCGACGACCACACGUGUCACCGCAGAGAACACCAGAGGAGCGGAUAAUGUUCGGAUUUCUCCUGCAGCAUUCUGGACUCACGAAACAGCAAUUGCGAAUUUUGGGUGAUGAGAGUCAAUGGAAACUAGCAUACGAGCUAGGUUUUCGAUAUUCAGUUAAGCUAGAUGACGAGUCAUCUUGUCAAAAUAAUGUUGUAAGAUAAGUUGGUUAAUUGUCUAGAGAGUUUCUUUCUCCACAGGUCUGAUAUCCGAGAUGCGUGCCGGAGCCGGACGAAAGAGGGAAAGAAUACUCCAAGAAGCAAGGGCUCGACGUGCGAUGUCAUCAUGACAUCCACUGAAAUCCUUGUGGUUGAACUUUUUGUGAUGAAUUUGUUAUUGUGUAGUUGUGUCCUGCUAGGUUAUUGUUUAAUCCGAUCUUUAGAGAACGAACUUGUUUCUGUAUCUACCUUUGUUCAUACCUAUUUGCCUUAUAACCCUUCUGGCAAGGCAGCGACUUGACCGACUUGCAUGUGCUGCAGUUUCAGCUGUGCCAUCGGCAAGGGGGCAUGUCUGUACUUAGUAAUUAAAAGUGCCUCGACACAGCAGAAUUCUUAGCAUGAUGCGAGUUCUCGGUGCAAGGGAUGCCUCGCUACGGCGGGAAAAGCCUUGGUGCAGUGAUCAGCUCCCGCCAAAACUAGCAGCUGCACUGUUUGGAUGCAUGCUACCGAUUGGCUCAUUGUAAAUUAUUCAUACCCGGCAGCUGGCAAUUGGCUCACUAGCCGUAUAAAAGCUUGGGUAGUUUCUGCCCAAGCUGGAGAACUCCGCGUGUACGUUGGGAACGAGUUUCUCGUGUACCUUGGAGCAAAAUUGGAGGCCUGACAACCACCAACCACUCCCCGUCGCCAACCGUCCCAACGUACCCAGCACCCUGCAUGCUCGGAAAACAUCGGUGUGCCACCCGGUUUCUUUCUUUUGCUUGUAACCUGUAAUGGAUCGUGCCUACACUGUGUGCAUCGACGCACGUCCCUGUACGUCAGUUUGUAAGUAAAGUUCUUUUCAAUUCAA